CAGGGUGCCUAGUUUGAUCCUGAGAUUGGAUUACUGUCUGUCUUCUCGUAGUGUCCAUAUGGGUUUCUUUCAGAUUCUCUGGUUUCCUCCCACCUCUCUAAACAUGCAGGUAGCUGGAUUGCUGUGCUAAAUUACCCAUAUAUGUAAAUGAGUGUGUGCAUACAUAACAACAAAAGAAAAAUGAGAAACCUAGUUAUAAAAUAGUAUAUUACCAUAAAUAAAGAAUAUCUAGCUAUGAAAAUGAAUAGAAAAGUUCACUGAUAGAUGCAUUCAUGCCAUAGUUCAUAGAACUAAUGUUAUGGAGAGUGGAAUAAAGGGAGAGUUGGGUGUUAUUUUAUAUAAACGUUUAAGAGAUGAUUCAGGUGUCUGAAAGGUCAGGAAUUAAUGAGAGUACCAAGAAUCUCUACCCUUUCAGUGUUAAUUCUGUUUUUCCACAUGUAAGGAAAAAAUGAAUUUAAACGCAAGUGUAAAUAAAUAAUGAAUACAAAAUCUCGUAUGUAGUUUAACUCCCACUGGUUCUUGAAUCGUCGGACACCUUGAAAUGUAAGCAUCUCCAUUCUGCAACAAUGCCGCUGACUUGACGACACCAUGCCAGUGUGCUCGUGUUUUAUUGCGCAUGCCCAUCCUCUGCCUUCUGAUUGGGCCGUAGUCACAUGUCUAUUUGACGGAUUUUCAUUGGAGAUGAAGUGGCCGUCGCGCCCAAAAUACGACGCCGUCACCAUGGUAUUCCAACAUGGCGGCCCACGGUAAGACGCUUGUAAAUUAAAUCAUUAACUGUAACUCGUGUUACGUUUGGCUAACAAAAUUAAUUAAAGAGUGUAGUCUGAACAUACUUUUACUGUGGGUAGAAAGUGAAACAUAUGCCUUUUAAAGAAAUGGCGUUGUACCUGCAAUUAAAAUCGCUUAUGGUUAUAUGUGUAGUUAUAAUCGUACUUAGUUUUGCUCAAGUUAUUAUAAAGCCUUUUUUUAUUUUUAUUAAGGCAUAUACGUUACCCGAUAAGUUGUUGUAUGUGAGGAUUAUGAAAUUUGUUCAACGAUUUUAUCAUCCCCAUUUUAUAUGGGCUGCUCAAACUAACGAUCUACAUAACCUCAGUAGUUUAUUCAGUAUAUGAACCAUCGGUUAAUGUGAAACAGGAUUGUAACCAUUUUUCCCCCUUUGUAGGACGACACCCCAUUGUAUCCUUUCAAUAUAAUAUUAACUCCUGGUCCCUUUUCUAUACUCAUAUGUUGUUUCAUGUCAUUGACGUUUAGAGUGUUUCAGCAAAAACCCAUUCUGAUAUUACCCUUCUUAACAAAAUCUCAGUUGUCCUCCAUGCCCCUGCAGGUCCUGUUUUAUUUGAACAGCUGGUAUUUUGCUGCCUUCUUUAUAGCUGAAAUUUUAAUGUUUAUCUAUAAAGGUGUAUUGCUGCCAUACCCUCAGGCUAAUCUCAUACUGGAUAUUGUUCUGUUGCUUGUCUACCUUGGUCUGGAAGCCCUGCGACUAUUUUAUGGAUGGAAGGGAAACCUGUGUGAGCGCUCUCUGAUGCUCAUUGUUAGUGUCGGUGUCUUGGUGCCCUGCACAGUACUAAGUGUCUACUAUAUGCUCCUGCAGACUUUUAUACUGCGUCUCGAAUUUGUCCUCAGUGCCAUUUUACUCUGCUUCUAUGCUCUGGAGCUGGUUCUGGCUCUAAUAACCAUUGCAGCAUUUUCCAGGGCCAGUGUUUAUUAAGGAUGUUUCGGAAGACAAGGAAAUAUUUGUUAGAAUGAGAAUAUCCUGUAUUCUUGUUUGGUAUCCAGUUUUCAACAUACAGUCCCCUCCAAAACUAUUGGAAUGGCAAGGCCAAUUCAUUUGUAUGUGCUACACACCAAAGACAUUUGGGAAAGAUCAAAAGAUGGACAUGAGAUGAGAGUUUAGGAUUUCAACUUUUAUUUCCUGGUAUUUACAUAUUGAUAUUUGUAUCAGACCACACAAUGUUUAAAUGAGAAAAAGUAUAGGAACAGUUAAGUCUUGAAGUAAAUUAAAGUAAAUAACACUUAAUAUUUGGUUGCACAUCCCUUGCUUUAAAUAACUGCAUCAAGCCUGUGACUCACUGACAUCACCAAAUUGUUGGUUUCUUGUUUUGUGUCUCUUUUCCAGGAUUUUACUACAGAAUCUUUCAGUUGUUUGUUUCGGGGGUGAAAUGCUGCUCUAUUGGGUUAUGAUGAACCCAAUUAAUUUCCUCCCAAUUCCUCCCAACACCCAGUCCUCCCAAUUAAUUUGGAUGCAUUUCUCUGUAAACUGGCAGACAAAAUGUUCCUGUAAACUUCUAAAUUCCUUGUGCUGCUACCAUCAUGAUUUACAUUGUCAAUAAAUAUUAGUGAGCCUGUUCCAGAAGUAGCCAUGACACUACCUCCACCAUGUUUCACAGAUGAGCUUGUAUAUUUUUGAUCAUGAGCAGAUCCUUUCUUUCUCCACACUUUGGCCUUUCUAUCACUUUCAUAGAGGUUCAUCUUGGUUCCAGAACUUUUGUGGCUCAUCUCUGUAUUUCUUUAUGAAUUCCAAUUUGGCUUUCUUAUUCUUACUGCUGAUGAGUGGUUUGCAUCUUGUUGUUUCCCCUGUAUAUUUCUGCUCUCUUCUUUAAAGUCUUAUUUAAAAUGUGGAUUGUGAUACCUUCACCCCUGCCCUGUGGAGGUUGAUGUGACUGACUGUUUUUGGGUUGUUUUUUUUCACAGCUCUCCAUGUUUCUGUCAUCACCUGUUGUUGUUGUUUUCCUUGCCCAACCCAUUUGGUGUCUGUUGCUCAGUACACCAGUGGUUUCUUUCCUAUUUGCAACAUUCCAAUUGUAUUGGCUAUGCCCAGUGCCUCUGAUUGAUUUUCCCUCUUUUCUCAGCUUCAAAAUGGCAUGCUUUUCUCCCAUAGACAAAGGCUAAAACCAAGAGUAGAUGUUCAGAGCUAUUUAUUGUUUAAAGAAUCAAUCUAAUAGAACAUACCUGAGUAACAAGAAACGCCUGUAAGUCACAUGUUCCAGUAUUUUUGCUCACCAACAAAUUAGGUGAUCUGAUACAAAAUGUGUUAUAUUCUGUUAUUCAACACAUAUACAUAUAAAUACCAGGAAAUAAAAACUGAAAUUUUUAUCUCUUCUCAUAUUCAUCUUUUGAUCUCAAACCCAAAUGUCUUCAGUCUACAACAAAAACAAAAUAAUUGGCCUUGCCAUUCCAAUAGUUUCGGAGUGGACUAUAGCAAUGUUUUUCAUCAUUGUGCAGAUCCGCACCACUUACUGCACUUUUCAUUGAUGUUUAACAGCAGCUGAGAUCACUAUCAGACUAUCCGUUGGACAUCAGUCCAACUUUAAAUGCAUGUGGAUGAAGUAUUUCAAUAUUUCAUCUCUUUCAUUGUUGCCACGAACUUUUUUUAUCACUGUUAUUUCCUGCACUGUCUUUGUGACUGUUUUUGAUUGUUUUGUUUUUUUUUGUUUUUUAUUGUACCAAAUGCAUUUUUAAAUAAAUGGAAAAUAUUUUGACUAAAAAUAAUUUUCUUCUACACUGUUUUUACUGCUAAUAAAUUAACUCAAGUUCACUUAUUUUAUUGUUUAUUGAAGCAUGUCUUAGCUUUCCAUAAUUUGCCCUAAGGGAAAAGUUUCCUGUUUUAGAUUUGCAAAGGUUUGAAGCAUCUCUGGAAAUUGACAAU